AUCCUCUUUUGAUUUGUUCUUAAAACCCGUCUCCUGAAAUGUGAAACCCUUUGCUCUCACUCCCAAAACGAUGUCGUCUCUAUCUCGCGUUCUCCGUGGCACCUUCAACACUUGCACGAUCCGCCGUUUUUCCUCCGCCGCCACCGUAACGACGGCAGUCAGUGCCGCAAUCUCGCCACCUCAAAAUUCACUUACCAGUAUCGUAAAUGGCGAACGAAACCCACGAAGGAUCGUUGAGAAGUUCAAGAAGGCAUGUGAGUCGGAGCGGUUCCGGAAUAACAUAGCCGUUUACGAUAGAACCGUGCGCCGUCUCGUCGCAGCAAAGAGAUUACACUUUGUCGAAGAGAUUUUGGAGGAGCAGAAGAAGUACCGCGACAUGUCAAAAGAGGGAUUCGCGGCGAGGAUCAUUUCGCUCUAUGGAAAAGCCGGUAUGUUUGAAAAUGCCCAGAAGGUGUUCGACGAAAUGCCUGAUAGAAACUGCAAGAGGUCAGUGUUGUCCUUCAAUGCUUUGCUUAGUGCAUAUGGACUUUCCAAGAAAUUCGAUGUGGUUGAACAACUUUUCAAUGAGUUACCGGGGAAGCUAUCAAUCAAACCAGAUAUUGUAUCUUACAAUACUUUGAUCAAGGCAUUGUGUGAGAAGGAUUCUUUACCUGAAGCUGUUGCAUUACUUGAUGAGAUUGAGAACAAAGGUUUGAAACCUGAUAUAGUCACAUUCAACACACUUUUACUGUCGUCGUAUUUGAAGGGACAGUUUGAGCUAGGGGAAGAGAUAUGGGCUAAAUUGGUGGAGAAGAAUGUACCGAUAGACAUCAGGACUUAUAAUGCUCGGUUGCUUGGAUUAGCCAGCGAGGUGAAAUCAAAAGAGCUAGUAAGUCUCUUUGAAGAACUGAAAGCUAGUGGGAUCAAACCUGAUGUUUUCAGCUUCAAUGCUAUGAUUAGAGGAUCUAUCAACGAAGGAAAAAUGGACGAAGCUGAAUCGUGGUACAAAGAAAUAGUGAAUCACGGUUAUCGUCCUGAUAAAGCUACCUUUGCUUUAUUGCUUCCUGCAAUGUGUAAAGCAGGUGACUUUGAGUCUGCGAUUGAGCUCUUCAAGGAGACAUUCAGUAAGCGGUAUCUUGUGGGUCAAACAACGUUGCAGCAGUUAGUUGAUGAAUUGGUGAAAGGGUCCAAGAGAGAAGAAGCUGAGGAGAUUGUGGAGAUUGCAAAGACCAAUGAUUUCUUAAAGUUGAAGCUAAUUUUGCCGUCCCAGGAAGAGUAAGUGGUUCAUUUGCUACUCUCUCUCACUAGUGUCUUGCUACAUUGUGUGAGAAGAGCCCUUAAGCUAUAUGUAUUUGCGGAUGUUGCCCAGUUUAUGGCUUUUCUAUUUGUUUGAACUUUCAUCUGUGGAAGGAAAACUAGUUUCUUUCUGUAUGUAGUUCGGUUAUUUGAGUUUGACAAAAAAAAAACGGCAUGUAGUCGAGGGUUCUGCAGAAGAAACGCUACACAUUUAA